AUGGCAGUGGCGGGGGACCAAAAGGAUGCCGGGCAACCACCCCAGGGCGAUUAUGACGACGACACAGGAAUCAUUCUUUUGUUUCCACCGACGCCACUCCCACCGAUUGGUCCUCUGCAUGGCAGCAUGAAGCAUGGUCAUAAUUUAUUUACUAGGUGUCUUUCUUCCAGCAACUACGGGAUCCCUACCAGCUUAGCGAAUGGUUUAGUCUCGCCCGGGGUGAGACCAAUGACGGUGAAGUUUGAAGAAGAUGGAAAGCACAAGUUGCACCCUAUUGCGGUGAUCCGUGAGGAACCGAGGUCUAAUGCCUGGUUGUGUUACACACCUCUAUUCAGAAAUUGUCUGGUGGUUGUGAUUAAUUGUCUCAACUCCUCUUUCUGGAGUGACGAUGCGUUGAAUUACGCUAAAGCGAUUCAUUCUUUGAGUAAUGGAGACGGCAUCUGUAGAUUUUAUGGAAUGACACCGAGAUUGGAUGUUGACACUUCUACUACGGAAGCUUCCUCGAUGGAGCCCAACGCGAACUUUGGAGUCUCGAAGAGUUCAAAAACCGAGCAUUCAUUUUUUCGACUACCAACGAAGUGGUGUACUCGUUUUAAAGCGAGCAACCCACACCAUUGCGUGAACACCGCGGUUUUCGAAUACUUCCCUGGUGCUUCACUUUUUGAUGUGAUGGAGGAUUUGACGUUUCAUAUCCCUCUGAUUAUUGUAGAUCGUUUGGGACUCGAUAGGAAGAGACCUCUCAGUGAUCACGUGAUCAGUCAUCUGCUUACUGGUGUGCUGAACGGACUUUCGUCACUCCAUGCCUGUGGUGUUGCCCAUGGAAGUUUGAGACCUUCCGCGGUGCUUCUUUCUCCAGAUUUAAAGGUUUGCUUGUACAGCAUUGGGUUUUGUUCUGUUGACAAUGAUGUGGAUGUAUUGAAGUGGUGCGCACCCGAGGUGGCCCUCUCCGGGGUAAAGAAGGGCUGGAUAGGUGCAGGAAGUGAAGCGGGAGACAUCUGGGCAUUUGGCUGCUUGGCAUACUAUUUGGCAACCUACAAGGUUCCAUUUCAUGGUAAUGACGAUGCGACAUCUCUGAUGUCCUGCCUUAAACUUCUGCAGUUUGGUGGACCCAAUAAAUCCAAUCCUUUGUCGGAUUCCAACGCGUGUGGGCCUCAAACUGGAAGCGAAAAGUAUUUUGUCGACUUGAGUGCAAUCGAAAACGAGAUGCUGCGAGACUUGGUUGGACAGUGUAUAAAGUUGGUUUCCUUUGAGCGACCAAGUAUCUUGGAAAUCCAGGAACAUCGCUAUUUCAAGGGACGAUCUGAUGACAUCUUACACUUUAGACAGCGUGAAGUGCGAUGCUUCAUGGAGCGAGCACGGUCAGAAAUGAACAUGGGUGAAUUCAAUGUGGACAGUCUCGUGUCUCCAAACUAUGUGAAGCAUGAAAACCCAUCAAAAGCGGUGCCAGUUGCCGCGCGCUCAGUGGAAGAAAUUGAUGAAGUGGUACUGAGUGCAAUUGUGAGGGAUUUAACAUUGUGGUAUUGUACGGUAGGGUCCAAACGGAGACGGCUUCUUGCGAGUACACCCAGCCCUCAGGUGAGCUCUCGUUUAGGAUCAUCGCAUCGGUCAUCUCAUUUCCACGAACUUCCUUGCUGCGAUGGGCUGCCAGGGACGAAUGACACGACUUUGUCGGAGAUACCUGAGCUUUCGAAGCUGACGGCCUCCGCGUUGAGCGACGCGAUGACCGUAGGACUUGAUUGCAGAGAAUUUGUUUUGACGUUUCUCUCGCAGGUCGAUACGGAUGAAGACUUUCUGCAUGCAUUGGAGGUGUUCGCACGCCAUUUGUGUAGCAGGGAUAUAGCUUCGGAGGGCCAUUGCAGUGUCAAUUCAAGUGACAUUGUCACAAAUGACACCAUUGAGGACAAGAGUGGCAUUGCACCACUCUUCUCGUCGGUGGAAGUUGGUCAAAAGGGGAAAAGAGUGGGACCAACACUAAAUUUUGUGUGGCCCACAGUGCCGCGGGCGACUGCAAACACGGAUAGUACGCAAAAGGGGUGCAAGGAGACGGCUGGUGUGAUGGUUGACGGAGGUGACAUGGAGAGAAGUGGCUUCACAUCCGCAUCUAUGGGGCCGAACUUCGAUAAUUGUGCGCUGGAGCCGCGUUCGUCAACUAAGACUGAGUGCAAUGAAACUGUUGUUGAACAGGGGCGGGUACAGGAAGAAGGAGCAAGUCAGUUUUCUCCGAUCCCGGAAACAACGCCAAUUACACGACCGAUUCGAAAUCCCCGUGCUCUCUCCACGCGAUUCGUAGCAUCUAAUCGUGGAGAGCGCCUGGUUAUUAUUGUUUGCGCAGUUGCAUUUUUGUGUGUUAUUGUCGUGUCUGUUGUCCUUUCUGCUACAUUAAGUGCACUGUAG